GACGGGUUGCUGAUGUGGGUCUGGCCACUCAGUGAAGCUGCAGGUGGGGGGUCAGAUGGCAAUCAUCUCCCUUUGCAGACGGACUUCAAGACAGCCGAUAUGGAUGUGAACACAGAUCAGGAUAUCGAGAAGAACUUGGACAAAAUGAUGUCCGAGAGGGCUUUGUUGAAGGAGCGCUACCAGGAGGUGUUGGACAAACAGAGGCAAGUGGAGAAUCAGCUGCAGGUACAGCUUAAGCAGCUCCAGCAGCGGAGAGAGGAAGAGAUGAAGAACCACCAGGAGAUCCUGAAAGCAAUUCAGGAUGUUACGAUCAAGCGAGAAGAGACAAAGAAGAAGAUGGAGAAAGAAAAGAAAGAAUUCUUGCAGAAAGAGCAGGAUCUGAAAGCAGAAAUUGAGAAACUCUGUGAGAAAGGCAGAAGGUUGCUGAAAGAGCAGGAGGAGAAGGAAAACAAGAUUGCUUCUCUGAUUGCAGAGCAGUCCGAUGAAAAGCAGCUAUGGGAGAUGGAGCUAGAUAAGCUGAAGAACCAGCACAAUGAAAUCAACAGGAACAUUCUUGAGGAGACAGAACGGGCCUGGAAAGCAGAGAUCCUGUCCCUGGAGAGCCGAAAGGAGCUGCUGGUGUUGAAACUAGAAGAAGCAGAAAAAGAAGCAGAGCUGCACCUCACCUACCUCAAGUCUGCACCACCCACGCUGGAGACGAUGAGGCCAAAGCAGGAGUGGGAGAUGAGGCUGAACAGGAUACGAAUGACCAAGGAAAGUGUCCGAGAUCAGUUCAACGACCACAUUCAGAUGGUGAGAAACGGAACAAAGCUGAGCAGCCUCCCACAGAUCCCAACCCCGACGCUGCCACCUCCACCCUCCGAAACAGAUUUCAUGCUGACGGCAUUCCAGCCCAACCCAUCCCUUACUCCCAGGCUCCCGUUUCCCAUCGGACCAGUUCCCGUUCCCAUGGUCAUGCCAAGUGCUGAUCCUCGGGCGCUCUCCUUUCCUCUCCUGAACCCUGCGAUCUCCAGGCCCAACCAGCCUUCCCCGCCGCUGCCUGCUUCCCAGGGAAGAAACAGCCCUGUAGUGGCAUCGCUUAUUGGCACGCACAGCCCCCACAUGACUCCCGCUGCCUCCAUCCCUCCUCCGCCAGGCCUGGGAGGAGUUAACGUCACUCCAGAGUUUCACAGGCUGCAGCCGGCCGAUAAGCUGGAAAAGCUGCUGGAGAAGUUGUUGACUCGGUUUCCACAGUGCAACAAGGCCCAGCUCACCAACAUACUGCAGCAGAUCAAGACUGCUCGGAGGACCAUGGCCGGUCUGACC